AUCUCUGAAAACAGAGGACAAUAUUCACAACACCGAUUGAAUAUUCUCAAUCAGACCUGCCUGUGCUUUUUGUAUUCAAUGGCGUCCAGUUCUCUUCACCCCUAGGGUGCCUUCGUGCGUGCUUUUAGAACGCUUGGUCAAGCUUUAUGGCGCAAGUUGCAGAAUGGCUGAGGAAGAAGAAGCACGAGCAAUGCAGCUCACCGAAUUGGAGCAAGAGUUGAUUGAAAAGCGACGAAGACUGGAGCUAUUGGAUCAGCAGUUGCAAGAAGAAGGUAGUGCCAGUGCAGCUUCGAGCCCUUCUUCAAGUAAAUCAAGCAAGAAGUCCCAUUCAUCUCCCCAUAGCCAACCUGACGUUACCUCUCGUUCCGGUGGUGCUAGCACGUCCAGCCACUCGUCCGAGCGGUCUAAACCGCACAGCAGCAGCCGGCGAAUCGUUACGAAGGGCAGCAGUUUGGAGAGAUCGUCCAGUGUCACCACUGCUGACAGUAGUGCUAGUAGUGCUGCACUUGCUGCCAGCAGUAGCACCAGUAGAUCUAUUAGUCGCCACCAUAGCUCUCAUAGCAAGCACACCAGCAGUCACCGCGACGACCAUCGCGAUAGCCACCGCGACGAGCACCGCGAUAGUCACCGCGAUGAGCACCGCGAUCAGCACCGCGAUCAUUCUUCUAAGCACUCAUCACAUCAUCGCGACCGAGACUCUGCACGUUCCAAGCAUCAUCACCAUCGUGGCGAUGCCAGAAGUGGCAAGGAGCAUAGCCACAAGCGUUCCAAUACAUCAUCAGCUUCUGCGUCUGCCCCAUCUGCCAAGCGCAGCAAAUCCGGCAGUGGCUCUGGCCGCACAGUGGUCGUGACGCAAAGCAAGCCAAUUAGAGUAGACUCCAGCUCCGAUGGUGAUGCACCUAGUCCUACCACUUCUGGCAACGUGAAAAAAACAGCCAGGCGGAAUCGUACUGACUCUACCAGUAGCCGCAGUAGUACUUCAAGUAGUAGUAGCGACGGAAGCAAUGUGGCCGCUGCCAGGAAGAAGGUUAGCUCCAGCAGUAGUAGUGAUAGUGAUAGCGAUAGUAGUGUGGAGCGUGCUGGCCGCUCGGGUAGCAAUAGGAAGAGGCCAGCUUCCAUUCCUGUACACAAAUUGACGCCACCCGAUGACAGAAGUAGCAUUCCGAUGGCACUGCGCCCCAUUACACCCACCCAGUACACGGACAGUGCUUCCGAGGAGGAUCUUCCCGGAAAUGAAUUUGAUGCGUCUCCCUCGCCAGCCGGGCUUGACACGGGCGGUGCGUCUUCACCCGAGUUCUCUUUCUACCUGCCAGCGCUGGAAGGCUGCCGCAACGUGGAUGAAUUUGAGUACCUGAAUCGCAUUGAGGAAGGCACCUAUGGCGUCGUGUUCCGUGGGAAAGAGAAGAAAACAGGGAGAAUUGUGGCCCUGAAAAAGCUCAAAAUGGAGAAAGAGAAGGAAGGAUUUCCUAUCACAUCUUUGCGUGAGGUCAACACAUUGUUGAAGUCUAAACAUCCCAACGUGGUAGACUUGCAAGAAGUAGCAGUUGGCUCAAACAUGGAUAAGAUCUUCCUUGUCAUGGAGUAUGUGGAGCAUGAUCUCAAGGCCCUGAUGGAGUCCAUGAAGGAAGGAUUUUUGAUCGGCGAAGUGAAGACAUUACUGCGACAGCUCCUGGCUGCUGUUCAUCAUUUGCAUGAUAACUGGAUUUUGCAUCGCGAUUUGAAGACCUCUAACCUGCUGCUCAGUCACAAAGGAAUUCUGAAGGUUGGUGACUUUGGUCUUGCCCGUGAGUACGGUUCACCACCGAAACCGUAUACACCUAUUGUAGUGACACUAUGGUAUCGAGCACCCGAGCUUCUUCUCGGCUCAAAGAUGUACACCACUGCAGUGGAUAUGUGGUCUGUGGGAUGUAUCUUUGCUGAGCUAGUCCUGAUGAAACCCCUGUUCCAGGGCCGCACAGAAAUCGAUCAAAUCCAACAGAUCUUCAAGCUUUUGGGGAGACCCAAUGAGAAGAUAUGGCCAGGUUGGAAAGAUCUUCCAGCAGUGCAAAAGGUGACAUUUGCAGAACAGCCAUACAAUCAUUUGAAAGAGAAGCUUCCCACCUUGACCGGUAAUGGCAUCAAGCUUCUCAACAAGAUGCUAACGUUUGACCCCGAUCAGCGUAUCUCGGCAGAAGACAGCAUGGCAGACGACUUCUUCAAGGAGGCACCUUUGCCCGUUGAUCCAGCCAUGUUUCCAACGUGGCCUGCCCGAUCUGAGUUGCCGCGAAGCAAGAAAAUUAGCCGGUCUCCCAAGGCUCCAGAUGGUGGUGGAGGAAUUUCGGAUUUGUUGAGCAAGGAUCAGGAUGGCUUCCACCUCACACGAGCUAGCCAUGGCUCCUCCAAGAAAGGCAUGGGCUUUACUUUGAAAUUCUGAAGUUCAUGUGUUUUUCUUCA